AUGAGAUUAUUUGCAGAAAUUGAAGUGAGUCAAGAUGUCUGCAAGGUAUCAAGGUGCAGUCACCAUGGUCCGGCCAUCCGGUUCCCGUUCCGGCUAAAAGACCAGCCACACCACUGUGGAUAUCCGGGGUUUGAGAUAUCUUGCACAGAGAAGAAGCAGACCAUAGUGGAGCUGCCAUAUUCAGUGAAGCUCUCGGUAAAGAAAAUAAAUUACAAAUCUCAGGAGAUUGUCGUCCAUGACCCAGAUUUUUGCCUUCAAAGACAGCUUCAAAACUUUACUUUAUCUGCCACUCCCUUCAACUUCAAAUUUCAUUCUUUCUACUUCGUAAAGGACUUCAUCUUCUUCAAUUGUUCCUCAAGUAAAACAAUGUACAAAAAUUUAUUUUGGCACAUCCCUUGCAGUUUUCUCCCCAGUAACCCAGUCCAUGCUGUUGUUUCUGAUACGGAUCUCGACCAGUUGGACCUAUCCUCUUGCCACAAGAUUUUCAAUGUUUCACUUCCAUUUUCUAUACUUUAUGGAGGGGAAAACUAUUUUUCUUUCACUUGGUCAGAAUCGAUAUGUGGAGACUGCGAAAGACAAGGUAAGAAAUGCAGACUGAAGAGCAACACUAGCAAGGAACCUGAAACUGAAUGCGUUGAAAAACCAGCAAAAGGUUUAAUCCUUGGUUUCUUUCUUCUCGUGUUUGUAGUAAUUACACUCUAUUAUGUAUAUAACUCAAAUAAACUUGAUAGAGAAAAUACCAGAAAGAUUGAAAAGUUUUUGGAAGAUUACAAAGCUCUCAAUCCCUCAAGAUACUCCUAUGUUGAUAUUAAAAAGAUCACAAAUCACUUCAAGGACAAAUUAGGUCAAGGAGGUUAUGGAUCAGUGUACAAAGGAAAGCUUUCCAAUGAAGUUCUUGUUGCAGUAAAGAUCCUUAACGAUUCCAAAGGCAAUGGAGAAGAGUUCAUUAAUGAAGUGGGAACAAUGAGUAGAAUUCAUCAUGUCAAUGUAGUUCGCUUGGUUGGAUUCUGUGCUGAUGGAGUUAAACGAGCUUUGAUUUAUGAGUUCUUACCAAAUGAGUCUUUAGAGAAAUUCAUAUUUCCAACACCCAUUAAGAACCAUUCACUUGGUUGGGAGAAGCUUCAAGACAUUGCUAUGGGCAUAGCCAAAGGAAUUGAGUAUCUUCAUCAAGGUUGUGAACAAAGAAUUCUUCAUUUUGAUAUCAAACCUCAUAACAUUUUGCUCGAUCAAAACUUCAAUCCAAAAAUAUCUGAUUUUGGUCUUGCCAAAUUAUGUUCUAAGGAACAAAGUGCAAUUUCAAUGACUGCAGCAAGGGGGACAAUGGGUUACAUUGCACCAGAAGUGAUAUCUAGGAACUUUGGGAAUGUGUCUUAUAAGUCAGAUGUUUAUAGUUUUGGAAUGCUGUUACUUGGAAUGGUAGGGGGAAGGAAAAAUAUUGAUGUUACAGUUGAGAACACUAGCCAAGUAUACUUCCCAGAAUGGGUUUAUACCCAAUUAGAUCAAAGGGAGGAAGUGCAUAUUCGGAUUGAGAAAGAAGGAGAUACCAAAAUUGCAAAGAAGUUAACUAUUGUGGGACUUUGGUGCAUUCAAUGGUAUCCAAUAGAUCGCCCUUCUAUGAAAGUUGUUGUUCAAAUGUUGGAAGGAACAGGAGACAAUUUAACCAUGCCUCCCAAUCCUUUUGCCUCCAUAGGUCCAACAAAAACAAACAUCAAAAGGCCCAAAAAAUCUCUUCAACAAGAGUUGACAGUUGUUCCAGAAUUAGAUUGA